CUAUUACUAUUAUUAUUUAUUUUAUUUUUUAGUUUUGUCUAUUAUUAAUGAGUGAGGAAGUUGAGAAAUGCUGUUUGCGUCUGAACCAAAGAGCAGUAGCGAUCUUGAACUCCAUCUCCUCUGAUAAUGGCUAACGCAAUUAGAUUCUUUGAGCUCAACACUGGCGCUAAGAUCCCGUCGGUGGGUUUGGGAACAUGGCAAGCCUCUCCGGGUCUUGUCGGUGAUGCCGUGGCCGCAGCUGUUAAGAUCGGAUAUCGUCACAUUGAUUGCGCUCAGAUCUACGGCAACGAAAAAGAGAUUGGUUCAGUAUUGAAAAAAUUGUUUGAAGACAAUGUAGUGAAACGAGAGGAGCUGUUCAUCACUUCCAAACUCUGGUGUACGGAUCAUGACCCUCAAGAUGUGCCUGAGGCACUAAAAAGAACUCUACAGGAUUUGCAGCUUGACUACGUCGAUCUCUACUUGAUACAUUGGCCUGUACGGAUGAAGAAAGGUUCUGUUGGAGCUAAGCCCGAGAACCUUAUGCCUGUAGAUAUUCCUAGCACAUGGAAAGCGAUGGAAGCACUCUAUGAUUCGGGCAAGGCACGAGCGAUAGGUGUAAGCAAUUUCUCCACCAAGAAGCUAGCUACUCUCUUGGAGUUAGCUCGUGUUCCUCCUGCGGUUAACCAGGUUGAAUGUCAUCCUUCUUGGCAACAGACUAAGCUACGAGAGUUCUGCAAAUCCAAAGGAGUUCACCUCACCGCAUACUCUCCAUUGGGUUCUCCAGGAACAACGUGGCUCAAGAGCGAUGUUCUGAAGAACCCUAUACUGAACACUGUUGCUGAAAAACUAGGAAAGUCUCCUGCUCAAGUCGCACUUCGCUGGGGACUUCAAAUGGGUAACAGUGUGCUUCCUAAAAGUACCAAUGAAGGAAGAAUUAGAGCGAACUUUGAGGUUUUUGACUGGUCAAUACCCGAUGACUUGUAUGCCAAGUUUUCAGAGAUUGAGGAGGCUAGGUUAUUGAAUGCUUCCUUCUUUGUUCAUGAGACACUGAGCCCUUAUAAGUCUCUUGAAGACUUAUGGGAUGGCGAGAUAUAAUACUUCAGAUGAUCUAAUUGUUUUAUCAAUAAUAUGGAGGCUUUUGUGUCUUUCAAACUUUUCAGUUAUUCAUGAAUGUUAUGUCCCUCCAAUGAUUUACCAUCAGAUUUGUUCCUAUUUUGAAUUUUAAA